UCGUGAUGACGAGGCGAUAAAAAGGAAGUUCUUCCGCUUUAAUACGGAAGUAGAAGGAGAAGGAGAAGGAGAAGACGCGAUCAGUUUUCCUCUCAUAAUCAGUUUGAUCCGACAGAGAGCGCGCGAGCUUCCUUCCGCCAUGGCUUCCCCCAACCUCAACGCUCUUCCCGAGGAGAACAGCUCGGAGGAUAAGGAUCAGCAGCGCCCUCAAGCCAGUUCGAGCUUCGACUCGCUCCCUCACCGCCCUCCUGCUCUGAUCUCCAAGCAGGCGCACUCGCCGGUGGAGUGGAACCAGUAUUUCGACAAGGAGGAGGAUGUCCGUAUUCCGGAGACGACUGAUGUCUUUCAUGUGUAUACGGCGGGAACAGAGGGACCGGUGGUGUUUUGCAUCCAUGGAGGCGGUUAUUCAGGGCUUUCGUUUGCGUUGGCUGCUAGUAAAAUUAAGGAGAAGGCUCGCGUGGUUGCUAUGGAUUUGAGAGGACACGGAAAAUCGUCCGCUGAAGACGAGCUCGACCUAUCAAUUGAUACCUUGUGCAACGAUGUUUUGGCUGUUAUAAAGACAAUGUAUGGAGACUCUCCUCCUGCUAUUGUACUUGUGGGCCACAGCAUGGGGGGUUCAGUUGCUGUUCACGUUGCUGCGAGAAAGGCACUUCCAAGCUUGGCUGGCCUGGUUGUCAUAGAUGUUGUGGAGGGGACAGCCAUCUCUUCACUGUUUCACAUGCGGAAAAUUCUAUCGGACAGAAUGCAGCAUUUUGCAAGCGUCGAAAAAGCGAUUGAAUGGAGUGUUAGAGGAGGUUCUUUGAGAAACCUUGAAUCAGCACGUGUAUCUAUCCCUCCAACGCUGAAGUAUGACGACUCAAAGCAAUGUUAUGUUCACCGAGCACGGCUUGAGGAAACAGAACAAUAUUGGAGGGGCUGGUAUGAAGGCCUUUCGGAUAAGUUUUUGUCGUGUCCUGCUGCGAAGGUCCUGCUCUUGGCAGGAACAGAUAGGCUAGACAGAUCUCUUACAAUAGGACAGAUGCAAGGCAAGUUUCAAAUGAUCGUUAUAAGGAACACUGGGCAUGCCAUUCAGGAAGAUGUACCUGAUGAAUUUGCAAAUCAUAUACUGCACUUUAUCUCUCGUAACCGCAUAGGUUCUCGUGGAAUCGAGAUUCCAGGACUACGCCGACCACAGCCAUUGCAUUCUUGAUCCAUGACUCCAAAUAACUCUCCACUGCUCAUUCCUCCUAAGCAGAUUGAGUUUCUUCUGCUGAUCAAAGUUUGGUCCACCUCCUUACAUCAUAAUCAGAAGUUACCAGCUUCAUAAGGAACGAUCAGGGUUCGUCGUCUGCUGUGUUAAGGGAACAGAAGGGUUUCAUAACCAUCACUUUCGAUCUUUCAGUUCCCUGUCAUUGUUCUUGUCUGUACAGGCUUUAGAGAACUGAUGGGUCUUGCCUUAUUUACCAAGGGGCAAAUGCACCCUAUUUCAAGCUGAGAGAUUGAAACAAAAAUGGUUGCUUUACAUGAUGCUUGUCCGCAUCUUUUGAUAUUAUGCUUACAUUCUUUUUUGUAUCUGAUUGCCAUGUAACGCCUUAGGCCUUAUUCUCUGAUGUGCCCUAGCAGCGACGAAGGAGCUGCUCGCUUUUACA